UUGCUGCAUCGAAACGACAACAGAAUAUAUAAUUAAUAAUAAUAAAAUGCCACGAUGAUAUUGUAAUUUACGAACAAUUUAUCCAGAUUCAUCUUCUCGUUAAAUCUCAAGUUCGAUGAGUCUAUGGUUCUACAUCGCCGUGGUGCCAGAAAAAUCCAGAAGAUUGCGCGUGAUGAAUUUCGUAUUCGCGAGGGAAGAGUUUAGAUUGCGAUUUGAAAGAUUUAUUCUUUGAUGAUUUAUUAUAUGAGAAACUACUCAUGCAUAGCGUGAUCUGGAAAAAUUUUAAACGGUUUCCUUCGAAGAAGCUGUUAACCAGCAAUAAUACAGAUAUUAAGAUUCACAACGAAUCCCUUGUCAAAAGAAAUAUCAUACAGAUUGCUAUGCUAGACGAGGAGAAAAUUUUCGAAGAUGAGAUGGCACAACCCGAAUUUCAUGCAUUAUCUUGGUUGUACAAAGUUGCGCCUUGUUUUCCUGUAGACGGAUCUAAGAUUAAAAUAAUUGAUGAACCAGGCAUAUUUUAUUCAUGUCUUGUGGAAAAGUGUAAGAAUGCAAAGAAGAGAAUAACAUUUGCAUCGCUAUACCUAGGCACAGGAAAAUUAGAAUCAGAUUUAGUAGAAGCCAUAGAUAAAGCUUUAAGUUUGAGUAAUGGUAAUAUUGAAGUUAAACUUUUGUUUGAUUACAUGAGAGGAUCUAGAGGUAAAUUAAAUUCGUGUAAAAUGUUGCAACCCUUGCUUAACGGUAAAUAUGGUCAUUGCUGUCAGAUAUUCCUGUAUCAUACCCCUAAGUUACGAGGUAUCUUAAAGAUGAUAAUCCCAGUCCGCUUCAAUGAAUUAGUAGGAUUGCAACAUAUGAAAUUAUACAUGAUAGAUAAUGAUCUGAUAAUUAGUGGUGCUAAUCUUAGUAAUGAUUACUUCACAAACAGACAAGAUCGGUAUUUUCUAAUAGAGGACUGCAAAGAGCUUUGUGAUUUUUAUAACGAACUCGUUGAGAAAGUAGGAGAAUUCAGUUUUGUCCUCAAACAGGAUGGUACCACAGUAUUAAAUUCGACCAAAAAUAUUCACCCCUUUAAAGACAAACCAGUAAAAUUCAUUGAAGAAGCUGCACGUAGUGUAAAAGCUCUAUUUCUCAAGGAAUUUGAAAAACGUUCCAAUGUUGAAAAAAUAUCCAAAGAUUCGAAUGCGGACACAUGGAUUUUUCCGUUGAUACAAAUGGGUCAAUUAAACAUUUACCAUGACAGUUAUAUUACAUUAAAGCUUCUACAAACAGCACAACCAGGUGCCACGCUUAGGCUUGCGACAGGCUAUUUUAAUUUAACUUCGGAAUACAGUGAUGCAUUACUUAAAGACUGUCAAGGAACGUGCCACCUGUUAACAGCACAUCCAACUGCCAAUGGCUUUUUCUCUGCAAAAGGAGUGGCUGGCGGUAUUCCAGCAGCGUAUACAAAAAUAGAGGAAUCAUUCAUCAAACGUUGCACUAACAUGGGCCAAGAAGAUAGGAUCAAACUGUGGGAAUUUAUAAAACCAGGCUGGACAUACCACGCAAAAGGAUUAUGGUAUUCCCUGCCUGGUCAAAAAACACCGAGUCUAACGCUUAUCGGAUCGCCCAAUUUUGGGUACAGAUCGGUAAGCAAAGAUUUGGAAACUCAAAUUGCUGUAAUAACAAAAAAUCGAAAAUUACAAAGUGAAUUACAAAAAGAAUACGAACGAUUAUUUGCAUCUGCAAAACCCGUAACGAAAGGAACAUUUACUGAGCAAAAUAGAAUUCCUCCAACCUGGGUUUGCGCUGCCGUAGCUGUAUUUAGAUACUAUUUCUAAAUAGUAUAUCAUUUGCGUCGAAUUUCUACCGUAUACAAUCUAAAUAGUAUUUAUUUCAUAUAAGCAAAGAAAUUAAUUUAUACGAGUUUUUCUUCAAGAAUGACGAAAUAUAUUGAUUGUAUAAAAUAAAGAUGUAAAUAAGAACCACAUUAUCGGAU